AUGACGCACCGUGGUCCCAUGACGCACCGUGGUCCCAUGACGCACCGUGGUCCCAUGACGCACCGUGGUCCCAUGACGCACCGUGGUCCCAUGACGCACCGUGGUCCCAUGACGCACUGUGGUCCCAUGACGCACCGUGGUCCCAUGACGCACCGUGGUCCCAUGACGCACUGUGGUCCCAUGACGCACUGUGGUCCCAUGACGCACCGUGGUCCCAUGACGCACCGUGGUCCCAUGACGCACCGUGGUUCCAUGACGCACCGUGGUCCCAUGACGCACCGUGGUCCCAUGACGCACUGUGGUCCCAUGACGCACCGUGGUCCCAUGACGCACCGUGGUCCCAUGACGCACCGUGGUCCCAUGACGCACCGUGGUCCCAUGACGCACCGUGGUCCCAUGACGCACCGUGGUUCCAUGACGCACCGUGGUCCCAUGACGCACCGUGGUCCCAUGACGCACCGUGGUCCCAUGACGCACUGUGGUCCCAUGACGCACCGUGGUCCCAUGACGCACCGUGGUCCCAUGACGCACCGUGGUCCCAUGACGCACCGUGGUCCCAUGACGCACCGUGGUCCCAUGACGCACCCCAUGACGCACUGUGGUCCCAUGACGCACUGUGGUCCCAUGACGCACCGUGGUCCCAUGACGCACCGUGGUCCCAUGACGCACCGUGGUCCCAUGACGCACUGUGGUCCCAUGACGCACCGUGGUCCCAUGACGCACUGUGGUCCCAUGACGCACCGUGGUCCCAUGACGCACCGUGGUCCCAUGACGCACCGUGGUCCCAUGACGCACCAUAGUAGAAAAAGCGCCUCGUGGUCCCAAAAGGUCUUUCCAGAAGCCAGAUUCACGAAGCAGUUACGCAAGCACUUACGAACAGUCCUGGAAGAGGCUACACUAAACAUUAACCAAAUAUACACAAGUUUAUAA